ACAAUUUAUAUUUUUUUUCAUUCUCACAAACCGGCAAAGGGCGAACCCUAACUUUCCAAUUUUCCUCCCAAUUCAAAGCUCGCAAUUCUCAAGCAUACAGACUCGAAACCUCUAAUUGAAGCAGAAACGCAAAGAAUCGAGGACAAAUUUCUUCAAACAGUGAUCGAAUUCUGCAAAAUCUCAAUCAAGGUUUAGUGAUAUUAAUAGCCAUCAUGAGAUUCAAGAAAGGGAAUAAAGUGGAGGUACUUAGCCAAAAGGAGGUGCCUUCAGUAGCAUGGCGUUGCGCUGAGAUUAUCUCAGGUAAUGGCCACACCUACAGUGUUAAGUAUGAUCGGUCUCCUGGUAAGGAUAGUCAAGCAGUUGUGGAGAGAGUUCCAAGGAAGGAUAUUAGGCCUUGCCCUCCACCUGUUCAAAGUGUGGAGAUUUUGGCAGUUGGUGAUGUUGCUGAGGUGUUCGAUGUUGGUUUCUGGAAAAUGGCUAAGGUGUUGAAGGUUUUGGAUGAAAAUUAUUACUUGACUAGGCUACUUGGAUCUUCUGAGGAGUUUAGAGUGCACAAACAUAGGAUCCGGGUGCGCCAAUUUUGGAAAGAUGACAAAUGGGUUGUGAUUGGAAAGGGUUCUGAUAAUCGUAUUAGCUCGCAAGUCCCACAAUUGAAUGCAAGAAUAAGGCUACCAGCUGUGAAUGAUUGUUUACCUCCUCAGGACAUCAUCAGUUAUCAGGAUUCCCAUAAUGUCUCAUCGAGAUCAUUGAAGAGAGCUUCUCCAUUUUGCUCGUUUUAUAUUGAUGGAUAUUCACGAAAGAGGAGAGCAAUUGAGAAGGGGUGUGAGCGCCAACACAUUUUUUCUGGGUCCCCAUCUUCCUUUCUCAAAAAGGUAGAUGCUGUUGCUUACCCGCGAGAAAAUCUGGGUGAAAAAUACGUGCAGGCUUCCUUUAUUAAUCGUACAACUGGAUGUUUUGAAAAGGAGAGGGAAGAGUUAAAUGGUGCUAUUUCUCUUUCUGUUGAAAGAAGUUCAGAACUUGAUGAUUGUGAUAGUGAUGCAUGCUCUGUGGGUAGUUGUAGUGUUAUUAGUAGCAAUUCAAAUAAGUUUUCCAGUCAUAAUUUAGCAGGUACUAGUCAAGAUUCAGAUACCCUUUCUAGUGAUGCAGAUUCUUUUUGUGGAGAUGCGCAAGAAAAUUUUUCCGUUCCUCUGGAAGAGGUGGCAAUGCAUGCUUCUGGAUCCUUAACUUGGGAACAAGAAGCGUUAUUGACAAAUCUCCGUAUUUCACUGCACAUUUCAAACGAUGAGCAUUUGAUUGAAGUUCACCAUGCUGCUGUCUUUUCAUCUGUUCUUAAUAAUGUCUCUUCACCAGUUUUUUCUCCAUUGUAAGAAGCAGAGGAUGUGGUGUUACAUUUUUUGAG